ACGCACUUCCGUGUCUUCAACGUUCCUUCCGCGCCGCCGCCAUCUCCCCUCUUCUCUGUUUCGCUGCGCCCACCUUUCCCACCUCCAGCCCCUCUCUCGCCCUCGCCCUCGCCAGUCACAGCACGCCAGUGCAUGUGCCUCUCUCCGACUCGCCGUGUGUGCCCUUGAGCAUCCUUUCUCUCUCCUCUCCCACCACCUCGCUCCGCCUCGCCAUGCCCAUGCUGCUCCCGCCGCAGCCCGCGUUCCUUGGCCGCCGCGGCAGCGCCGAGCACGAGGCCAGCAUGAGCAGCGCCUCGCUCGCCUCGUCGAGCGCCUGCGGCGGCGAGAGCUCAUCGUCACCAGCGCCCAGCUCGCGCGGCGGCUGUGACGACGGCCCCUCUGCUGGCCGGCCGGCGCGCCGCAACGCCAGCGCCGGCGCUGCCGGCGCAGGCAACGGCGGCUUCAAGGCGUUUGGCCGGCGCCUCUUCCAGCGCUCCGCCGACGCGCGCGCUCCCGAGGCACGCUCGGCGCGCGCCGCAGCCAUGUCGCCGCGCUCCGACUCGUCGUCGGGCUCGUGCACGAGCGCCGACAGCGAGCGCCUCGGGCCCGCCACGCCCACGACGCCGCCGCGCCUCGACUUCCCGCUCGCCGGCGGCAAGAGCCUCUUCGGCGACAGCUUCGCCCUCGCCGCCGAUGCCUCGAGCCCGCUGGCGCUGCAGUCGUUCGGCAGCUCCAUGCUUGCAGGCAUGUACGGCCGCAGCGGCGACGAAAGCCUCAUGUCGAGCCCGCCGAGCUCCUGCGGCGUCCUCACGCCGCCGGCUGCGGCUGCGGCGAAGGCGCCGUUCGGCAGCAGCCGCCAUGCGCCCUUUGUGACGUCGCGCGUCUCGUCGGCCCGCCGCGGCUCCAAAGGGCCGCCGUCGCCCAAGGAGGCGGGCGUCUUUGCCUCCGGCGCCGACUCGGACUUCCUGCGCGCCGUGCUCGACCUCAGCUUCUCGGAGGAUGAGUACCAGGUCGCCGACGUGCCCUCGUACGACUCCUUCCGCCCGUCGCCGUCCUACAUCCGGCCCGGCCUUUUCCGCAACGACCCGCGCGACGCCGAAGACGACUCGGAGGACGAGUAUGGCGCAGAGGGUGACGAGUGCACGAGCGGCUAUGCCUCGGCGAUGAGCGGCACGCCGCCGCUCUCGCCCGAGGCCUCGCCGCGCUUCGCCGGCAACAUGGCGCUGCCCGUGUCCGCACAUCCCUCGACGUUUGCGCGGUACAAGGGCAGUGCGCGGCGCGGAUCAGCGGCCAACGAGGAGCCGGAGGACGAUGAAGAGGCUGCGGGGCCGUCAGCGCCGCGCCGCCCCAGUGCGCCCUCCGUAGGCCUGAACACGGGCUCGAAGCGUGCGCUGUACACGUGCACGCUGCUCAAGGUGCACCCGCAGCUGGCGGCGUCCUUCAAGGCGUCGCAGGACGGCGCACGCCUCAUUCCCGGCGCCGCCGCCGUGCUGGACGCACCGGCGCCCGAGGAGCUGCGCUCGCCACGCUCGGUCAACGCUGCAGCCGUGCUGCGCACACACCCCUCGACGCUGGCGUUCACACGCGACCUGGGCGUGGCUGUAGCGCGCUCGAGCGUGAUGCGCAAGCUGCGCCGCGAGACGCUGCCCAUGGCGCAGGAGGUGGAGCUCGGCUGGUUCCAGCGCAAGUACGGCUCGGAGGUCAUCUCGCCCGAGGCCGUCGCUGUGGGCCUAGCGCAGCGCCCGGCUGUCAGCCCCGAGGCGCUGGCGCGGCCGCCGAUGGGCGUGCCGGUCGCGCCGCUGCCCACCUCGCCGCUCUCGCGCUCCCUCUCCAGCGCAGAUGCGCUCGCAGCUGGCGCCCGUGCCGACGGCCCCACGCCCGAGACGGCGCUGCCCGCGGCGGCCCAGGCCGGCGAGAGCGGCAUGAGCCUCUGGGCACGGCGCCCCACGUACUUGGAGCGCACGCUGCUCAUCACCGCCCACGAGUCGCACGAGCCGGGUGCGAUCGUGUAUGCCGAGUCCGAGGCAGUCUACACCGUCGGCAAGCGCACCUCGCUCCUCCCCGCGCCGCGCCAGCGCCGCGUCGUCAAGCCGGCGCCGCUGGCCUUCUCGCCGCGCCUGCGCGAGCUGGCCGGCCUGCCGCCUGCCGAGCCGCUGGUGCGCAGCUCGCCCGACAAGUUCCGCAAGCGCGAGCGACGCCGACCGGACAUCGGUGAGCUGCUGCAGACCGAGCAGCCAACCUCUGCUGCUGCCUCUCCCUCGCGGCGGCCCGCGCGCGAGGAGCAGCCGCGCAAGAGCUCGGGACGUGCGCCGCCGCCGUGGAUUGCGCCUCGCCCGCCGCAAGCUAAGCGCUCGUCGACUCUGCCUGCCUCUGCGUCUCAAGUGCACCUCGCCGUCGCAUCUCCACCGGCGCUUCAAGCCUCGCAGUCUGUCUCGCGCCUCGCCGUCGCGUCGCCGUCUCCUUCGCGCUCGCUCUCGCGUGCCAGCUCCGCAGCCGACCUAACGCUGCCCGGCCAGGCAUGGCCGCAUGCACGCCGGUCUUCUCGCAUGCCUGCGGCCGUGCGCGAGGAGAGUGAUGCCAGCGAUGAAGAGGAUGUGCCGCUGGCGAUGCUGCGCGCCCAGCAACAAGAGCGCUCGGCCGGCUCCGGCAUGCUGCGCGGCAGUCGCAGCCAGAGUCACCUGGUGCAGCCGCCGUUCUCGAGCCAUCGGCAGGCUGUCCCGCCGAUGCCCUCUGUGUCGCGCUCGCCUAGCCGUGCAGCCGCACCGGCGGCCGCGUCCGCUGCCACCGGCCUCAUGCCCUCGCCCUCCUUUGCGCGCUCACCCGUCGCGCGCACGUCGAGCUCGGCGCAGCUCGCCGGCGCCGGCGAUGCGCGCCUCAGCUCGCGGCCGUCGGACAACGUCCGCCUGCACAGCGGCUCGGCGCCGCCGCGCAGUCCCAGCACGCUCUCGCCGCCCGCAGGCUCGGGCUCCAAGGAGGCCCGGCUGCGCUCGUCGCCGAGCCGCCAGGGCAACAUGCACGAUGCCUCGCCGCGCUCGGCCAUGCCCCGCAGUGCCUCGCUGCUGCCUCCGCCGCCGCUGCCCACCUCUCCCGAGGGCGGCCGGCGCGCCUCGCCGCGUGCCUCGCCACGCAUGCCGAGCGCCGUGUCGAUGGCCAGCAUGCACCAGGCAUACGCCGCGCAGCCGCUGCAGUACGGUGCUAUGCCCUCGCAGCACAUGAUGCCGCAGCACGCCGCGCCGAGACAGUCGAGCCGUCCGUCCAACCCCUCAUACCCGCACAUGGCGCCUGCCCUCGUCAACCUCUCGCCGAUUCCGCUGCCGCGCUCCGCCACGAUGCGCGCGGCGAACUGGUAGACGAUGCGAGCAGCACCAGCACCCCCACACUCACUUUGUCGUGUCCAUCGCCUAUAAUCCCGAGCACCCUCUCUGUGUUGCGCCCCCCCUGAGAGACCACCUCUGCAUGUAACCCUUCCGCACGCCGCCGCACCCCCAUACACCCUCCGAGCCUCGCUUGACGCAAGCGGGCCCGGCCGCAUUUCACCUCCCUCUUCAGCCGCUGCCGAGUGCGCAGCCAGCAAUGCAUCUCUGCAGUGAGCU